AGGGGCUGGCUCUCAGACCAUGCCUCGUGGGGGGUGCCUCCCCCCAGUGCGAUGGGGGUCCUAAGAGUCAGGGGGGGAAGAGGGGCUGGCUCUCAUUCCCUGCCUCACUGGGGGUGCCUCCCCCCCUGCGAGGGGGGUCCCAAGAAGCCGGGGGGGAAGAGGGGCUGGCUCUCAGUCCCCGCCUUGGGGGGUGCCUCCCACCACUGCGAUGGGGGUCCUAAGAGCCAGGGGGGAAAGAGGGGCUGGCUCUCAGUCCCUGCCUCAUGGGGGGUGCCUCCCACCCCUGCGAUGGGGGUCCUAAGAAGUCAGGGGGGGAAGAGGGGCUGGCUCUUAGUCCCUGCCUCCCUGGGGCUGCCUCCCCCCCCUGCGAUGGGGGUCCCAAGAGCCAGGGGGGGAAGAGGGGUUGGCUCUGAGUCCCAGCCUCACGGGGGGUGCCUCCCCCACUGCGAUGGGGGUCCUAAGAGCCAGGGGGGAAAG